AUGGACCCCGUCGACCCAACCGCAAUCCCCGUGGAUGCCUCUGGAGAUGCCGCCACCAUCGCGGAUGCCCUCGCAGGACCCAAAGGCACCCCCAGAGCAUCGAGAGGCCCCAAACCACCCCUACGGCCCCCGUCGACCCAACCACGCUCCCCAUGGAAGCCCCCGGAGACGCCGCCUCCAUCGCAGAUGCCCCCGGGGCCCCAACCCCUCCUCUCGGUCCCCCGCGCGCGCCGCCCGGCGCCGCCGUUCCCGUGCCCCUCCUGCCCCAAGGCCUACGGCUCCCAGUCCAAGCUCGCCAUCCACCAGCGCGCCCACACGGGCGAGCGCCCCUUCGCCUGCCCCGACUGCCCCAAGGCCUUCGCCGACCCCUCGGUGUUCCGCAAGCACCGGCGCGGCCACGCGGGGCUGCGGCCCCACGGCUGCCCCCUGUGCCCCAAGGCCUACGCCGAGCGCAAGGACCUGCGCAACCACCAGCGCGUGCACACCGGGGAGCGCCCCUUCCUCUGCCCCCACUGCGGGAAGAGCUUCGGCCGCGCCUCGUCGCUCGCCUGCCACCAGCGCAUCCACGCGCCCCACAAGCCCUACGGCUGCCGCGAGUGCGGCAAGGCCUUCACGCAGCUCUCGUCCUACCAGAGCCACCGCCGCGUGCACACCGGGGAGCGCCCCUUCCUCUGCCCCCCAGUGCGGCCGCACCUUCGCCGACCCCUCCAGCUACCGGCGGCACCAGCGCGGGCACAGCGGGCUCAAGCCCUACGGGUGCCACGAGUGCGGCAAAGCCUUCCGGCAGCCCGCGGACCUGGCCCUGCACCGCCGCACCCACACCGGCGACCGGCCCCACAAGUGCGCCGACUGCGGGAAGGGCUUCGUGGCCUCCUGGGACCUCAAGGGCACCGGCUCAGCCACAGCGGCGACCGGCCCCACAAGUGCGGCGAGUGCGGGAAGGGCUUCGGGGAGCGGGGGCGCUGGGCAAGCACCGCAGGACCCACUCCGGGGAGCGGCCCCACAAGUGUGGGGAGUGCGGGAAGGGCUUCGGGGGGUCUCGGCGCUCCGGAAGCACGAGAGGGACGCACGGCAAGGGCGCUGAGGGCGGCCAUGGGGCGGCAGCGGUGGGGGGCAAUGUGGUGCGGGGUCAUUGUGGCGCCUGGUGCUGGGGCCAAUAUGGCCGCCCCCAUUGGGGUUCAACCAGGCGCCAACAUGGCCGCCCCCACCGUGGCGGCCGCCAUACUGGAUGCCAAGAUGGCGGCCCCCGAGCCGGGCCCCUUCGCCUGCCCGCUGUGCCCCCGGCGCUUCCGGGCCAGGGCGGGCUGCGGAAGCACCAAUGGCGGCACGGCCCCGAGCAGGCCCCGCCCCCCGGCCGCCUUAACCCCGCCCCCUGCGCUGCCAUUGGCCCGCUCUCUGUGCGUCCGUGGGAAAUAA